CAUGUUUCAGUGUAUUGCACUAACACACAGACGAAGCCCUCUAACAGGAACUACCUCUCCGCGCAGCGCCCUCAGCAGACUGUGCGCACCGCGCGUCUCCCCGGGGUGACUGGGCGAGGUCCUAAGCUCCCAGGCCAUGCCCCUGAGCUGCAUUAACACCGAGACACACUUCCUCAAGGGAGGGCGGGUCCUAAUCACACACAGAGAGGGAGAUAUACAGGACCAGGAGGGGGGGUUAAGCCUUAAAUUCUCAUUCAAAGAGUGUCAAAGUAGCUGAAAGUUGUUUGACAGGUAAAGAAUGAGUAACCACACGUCGUACGGUAACGGGAUGCAGAGCCUGCGGAGGGAGUACCUGUACAAGGUGCUGGUUAUCGGGGACCUGGGGGUCGGGAAGACCUCCAUCAUCAGGCGGUACGUGCAUCAGACUUACUCCACCAACUAUAGAGCCACCAUCGGGGUGGACUUCGCUCUGAAGGUGCUCAACUGGAACACCAAGACUAUUCGACUCCAGCUGUGGGACAUUGCAGGUCAAGAACGAUUUGGUAACAUGACGAGAGUGUACUACAGAGAAGCAAUGGGAGCCUUCAUAGUGUUCGAUGUGACGCGACACACCACCUUCGAGGCUGUGGUCAAGUGGAAGGAAGACCUGGACUCCAAACUCACGCUUGCUGAUGGACAGAGCAUCGCCACCGUGCUGCUGGCUAACAAGUGUGACCAGGGCCGAGAGCUGACCAGCAACGGCCUCAAGAUGGACCAGUUCUGCAAGGACCACGGCUUUGUCGGCUGGUUUGAGACCUCUGCUAAGGACAAUCUCAACAUCGGUGAUGCUGCAAACUUCCUGGUCAAGCACAUCAUGGCCACAGAGAAUGAAAUCCUGAAAAGCGUGAUACCAGACACCAUCUCGCCUCAGUACGACCACAACAGGCAGUCGAGCUGCUCUGGAUGCUUCAAAUAAUGUCUGAGAGGAAUCUCAUGGAGACAUAUUCGGACAAAGAGAGACAGGCAUACCGCAGGAACUUCCAGUGAAGUGAAAGUCCCCAUGAAACAGUUCACCUUCUGUGUUCCAAACACAAGCUGAAGAUUUUUAGUCUGCGGCAUGACUGACUGAGGAGAGGCAUGUGGAUUCAAUAGACUUUUGGUAACUUGACAAACAGUGUUUAAAGUUCUUAUCAGGCAAACAAGUGACUCUUCAGGUAUCCACGAUACAUUUCUCUUUCUUUUGUUGUUUUGUUUUUGGCAUGAUUAUUCCUAUUAUCAAAAUAUCAGUCUUUUUUUUUUAAGGCUGCUCUUUCAUCUGGUCAAGAUACAUUCCUUAAUGAAAUAACAGUUUAACUGGAUUAAAGACUGAAAACAAGCGCUGUGUUGGCCUCAACUCCACACACACACACAGCACUUUCAGCCUGACAGAACGCAGCAUUGACAAGCUCAGUGGAUCCUGAGAUCUGCUAAAUAUAAUUAUGUGAAUUUGCACAUGCAUUGCUUAUUUUUAUUGUGAUUUAAUUUAUUUACAGUAUGCGUUUAUGAAAUACUUUUAAUGUAAUGCUGGUUAGUUUAUUGUGUUAAUCUGCCUUUAUAUUUCCCUCAGAUGACUAUUGUGUAAGCCUUAUCAAAGCAGGCACAUUAAGUAACAAUGCAGUCUUAUUAAUAGAAAAUAACUUGUUUGUUUGUGGCGAGCAGCUGCAAAGAACAGGAGAGUUUAACGCUGAGACACACAAACAGCCCGGAGUGUGUGCGCGGUGUAUCGCGCCCUUUGUGGCCAGAGAAUAGUUUCAGUGGAGAAGUUCAGUUUUGAGUGAUGAAAGGUUCUCAGACAUGUUUGUUUGUUAAUGGAAGAGAGUGGGUGUCUUGUGUUUGUGUGUGUGUGUGUUGGUGUUUGGUCAUUUUUUUCUUUAUAAGAAGAAGAAGAAGAAGUAGAGCAUCGAUUGUCUGGAUGUAAACCGGACAUCCUUAUGAGUCCGCCUGCUAGAGCCGAACCUUCUGUAUCCAUGGUAACUAGCUCAAGUCUUUUUUUUUUUUUUUUAUGGGUACCCUCAAACGUCUGUGUGAAGCUAUUUCUUGCUGUACUUGCAACCAUACAGACUCAAAUGCACACACACACACACUCGUACAAACACAUGCACACAGAUUUCUCCACUGUCCAUGUUCUUGUUACAUUUCUCCUCCUCGAUUACUUCUCAUUUAAAUCUUAAAAACUCCAUCCUCACUGAGCAUGGAUGUCUUCUUUUUAAAUGUCACCUGCCCCCCCUUCGUCUCGACUUUCUUCUCUGAUUCAGCAUGUACUGCACAUUACAUAAAUCUGCACAGGCUCAACUGUACACCCACAUAAGCAGCUUGAUUUCUUGAUCUUCCAAGAAGUUGACACUGGUUGCAUUUAUGUGACUGUUCUCUUGUUUUUGGUGCAUCUCUGCAGUGUCUUCUGUAAAAACCAAGCAAGUCGUUGUCAAAGCUGUGCCUUUUUUUUCCUCUUCUGUUACUUAAGGGUGAUGUCAUUUUGUGUGACCUGAUACAAGCCAAUGUUUACUCAAGUCCCUUGUUAUAAAAAUGUGCUAAGCUGGCUCAGAUUCAUGUCAUUAUGCGGUGCAUUGUGAGUUAAAGAGAUUACAGUAAAUGCAUGA